AUGAGACUAGCUGCGAAGGGAAGUGAAAACAAGGAAUUUAAAAUGACAACGCCGAUGCCUGUAUGUGACAUCAAAACACAUAAGAAGCACUAUGACAAGGACGACGGAAGCAUCAAGUCUUGUCCUAGGAUUCCAAUAGGUGGUGGACCUAAUGCUGGGACCAUUGGUCUAUUGACAGAUGCUGUAAUAUCUGUAGUUGGGAAAAAAGCCUGCGGCCUAAUUGGAAUCUCCGUCCAGGCCGGAAUGCCAAUGGACUCGGGAUUUCUACAGCUGCCCUCCAACAAUGUGUCCACAGGCAUUUCCACAACUAAUGGGAGUGAUCUUAACAGUGCAUCAACAUGGGGAAUAAGUGCCAGUUCCAAUGCAAGUCUUAGUGCCAGUGAAGACUUGGUUACAAAUUACAGCCCAGUUCAGAUGGUGACAGACCUUAAUGUGACCAGUGAGACAUACAACAUCAGUGACUCAGUGAUCUGCACCUGUUCCUGCCAUACUGUGAUGCAAGGUUUGCAGGAAGAGAAGCUACGGCUCCAGAUCAGGGUGCUCAAAAAACAGCUUGGCGAAGAAUGA